ACAGUUUUGUUUGUUGCUAUCUAGCAUCCUUUGGGGUUAUUUGAACUUUUAUUGCUCUUUAGUCAGAGAUCCUGUUGUGGGGAAUCUGGCACAGAAACUGAUGUCAGCUAGUGUACUACUUUCUUCACGGUUCAUUGGAAGCAUAUCACUCAAACCCAUCAAAUCCCCAUCAACAGUUCUGGAUUUUAGUGAACCAACAACAAAACUUUCAUGUGCACCUGUUAACUUUCCACUGGUGGGGAUUACUAGGUUGCUGGAAAAAAAGAAUAUAUAUAGAUUUUCAAGAAUCAUUCAUGAAAAAGAAUCUUAUAUACACCUGAUUGCUAGAGAUGCUAGAAAGAGGCAUGUUGAUGUCCAUACAGACGCUGAAUCAUCCUCAAUUUCUGUUUGGUGUUGCCUUUAGAAACAGAACUCAGACUCAAUACAGAACAAGAUCAUCAAAUUCAAGUAUAUCUUCAGUUUUUCUUACUGAUGAGAGUGGAAACUACGAGGAACCAGGCAAUGGUACUUCCCUGAUGAGAGGUCACAUAUCUUCCGCAUCAUGCAUCAAACUAAGCCAACAAAAUACUAUUGGUGUUAUAGGAGGAGUAUCAGUUCUAUCAACUCUUGUUUUCUUGGAAAAGCUAGCUUGUUGGAGUUCAAGAAACGGUAAAGAAUGUCCACCUUUUGUUGUCUGCAGUGAUCCUGUGUUAAGCAAGGCGCUUUCAUUACGUGGUUCUUUUCCUUCUACGAGAACCAGAAUAGAUCACAUCGAAUUGAAUCAGGAGCUGAUGAUUCAGAAUUUGCGGCACAAGAUAAACGUUCUUCAGCAAUCUGGAGCUCGCGGUCUGGCCUUGCCUUGUCAUCUGUCACAUGCUUGGCACAAAGAGAUUUCGAAGGAUAGUUCUCUACCUUUUCUUCAUGUUGGUGACUGUGUUGCCAUGGAACUCAAGAAUGCUAAGAUGAAGCCAAUUCAUGCUACAAGUACCGUGCGGAUUGGACUGCUCACUACAGAUUCAUCCUUUGUAGUUUGUUAUUACAAGGAAAAGCUUCAAAGUCAGGGUUUUGAAGUAGUGUUGCUAGACAAAGCGACUGAGGAACAUAUACUAGUUCCUGCUGUGGAUGCUUUGCAGAGAAAAGACAUAGAAGGUGCAAGGAAUUUGCUGAGAAUUGCAAUCCAUGUUCUUUUGGUAAGGGGAGUGAAUGUGGUGAUUCUGGCAUCUGAUGAUUUGCUAGGGAUUCUCCCUCACAAUGAUCCUCUUCUUAAGAAAUGUAUAGAUCCUAUGGAUGCUUUGGCUAGGUCAAUUAUAAAUUGGGCAGAAACAACAGCAAAGGUACCUGGGAGAUUUUAGUUUUCAUUUUUUCUAUUUCUCUCCAAAAUCUUGGCAUUAUAAUUGGAGCACUCAUGUAAAAAAAAGCAGCUCCAUGUGAAUGGACUCAAAUACUUUCCAAUACAUAUAUCUCUCAAUUCCUCUCUUUCCCUCCAUCAUCUAUCCAUCCUCAAAUUCGGAUCCUCUGCAGCUGGCUUUAUGGUGUAGCCUGUCUAUGGUUAUUCUAUAUGAAAGUGUUGCAGAUUUAAGGAUUGAUUUUAUUUGUUACCUAGUCAUGUUUAGUUUUUACUUAUCUGUUGUUACUCUAAUGAGAGUUAAGUUAGUUGUUUAGCCUAUCAGUUAGUAUUAUUUUACUUCUGUGUUUUUCUGUUAGGUAGUUAGGGUGGUUAUCCACCUCUUCACUCUUGUAUAUGUAUAUUCACUUUUCCAUUCAUUCAAUGAA